AUGGCGCUUACUAAAAGCGAAGAGGUGAAGCCGAGCGAGGGCAUCCAUGCCUACCCAAGAUUCAUCAAGAAGCCGAGCGAGGGCAUCCAUGCCUACCCAAGAUUCAUCAAGAAGCCGAGCGAGGGCAUCCAUGCCUACCCAAGAUUCAUCAAGAAGCUGAGCGAGGGCAUCCAUGCCUACCCAAGAUUCAUCAAGAAGCCGAGCGAGGGCAUCCAUGCCUACCCAAGAUUCAUCAAGAAGCUGAGCGAGGGCAUCCAUGCCUACCCAAGAUUCAUCAAGAAGCCGAGCGAGGGCAUCCAUGCCUACCCAAGAUUCAUCAAGAAGCUGAGCGAGGGCAUCCAUGCCUACCCAAGAUUCAUCAAGAAGCUGAGCGAGGGCAUCCAUGCCUACCCAAGAUUCAUCAAGAAGCUGAGCGAGGGCAUCCAUGCCUACCCAAGAUUCAUCAAGAAGCCGAACGAGGGCAUCCAUGCAUACCCAAGAUUCAUCAAGAAGCCGAGCGAGGGCAUCCAUGCCUACCCAAGAUUCAUCAAGAAUCCGAGCGAGGGCACCCAUGCCUACCCAAGAUUCAUCAAGAAGCCGAGCGAGGGCAUCCAUGCCUACCCAAGAUUCAUCAAGAAGCCGAGCGAGGGCAUCCAUGCCUACCCAAGAUUCAUCAAGAAUCCGAGCGAGGGCACCCAUGCCUACACAAGAUUCACCAAGAAGCCGAGCGAGGGCAUCCAUGCCUACACAAGAUUCACCAAGAAUCCGAGCGAGGGCACCCAUGCCUACACAAGAUUCACCAAGAAUCCGAGCGAGGGCACCCAUGCCUACACAAGAUUCACCAAGAAUCCGAGCGAGGGCACCCAUGCCUACACAAGAUUCACCAAGAAGCCGAGCGAGGGUAUUCAUGCAUACACAAGAUUCAUCAAGAAGCCGAGCGAAGGCAUCCAUGCCUACACAAGAUUCACCAAGAAUCCGAGCGAGGGCACCCAUGCCUACACAAGAUUCACCAAGAAGCCGAGCGAGGGUAUUCAUGCAUACACAAGAUUCAUCAAGAAUCCGAGCGAAGGUAUCCAUGCCUACCCAAGAUUCAUCAAGAAGCCGAGCGAGGGUAUUCAUGCAUACACAAGAUUCAUCAAGAAGCCGAGCGAGGGUAUUCAUGCAUACACAAGAUUCAUCAAGAAGCCGAGCGAGGGUAUUCAUGCAUACACAAGAUUCAUCAAGAAGCCGAGCGAGGGUAUUCAUGCCUACCCAAGAUUCAUCAAGAAGCCGAGCGAGGGUAUUCAUGCCUACCCAAGAUUCAUCAAGAAGCCGAACAGAACCAGAGGACCUGAGGUGUAG